AUGGAAGGUGGAUGGAUACCAGUUGUGAGAGCCAAGGGUAGAUCAGGGACAUGGAGGUCGCGGAUGAGUUCAGGAGUGUUCACUGUGUUUGUGGAUAAUCUUCCAGCAUCGUUGGAUCCAAAAGGAAUGUUCAACCUCUUUAUGACGUUUGGGGUGAUAAAAGAUGUUUUUAUACCAAAAAAGAGGAGAAGGGCUACCAACACCAGGUUUGGCUUUGUGAUGUUUGAAUGCUUGGAGGCAGCCAGAGUAGCCGUUCAAAAGGCCAACGGUCUAUGGGUGGACGAUCGUCCAUUGCAGGUAAAACAUGCAGAGUUUGGGAAGGUCAAAGCAGUUCAUAAAGCUGCUCGAACGCUACCGAGUGCUCCAGGGCGGAGGGAAAUACCUCAGGCCACUGGAGAAGGAGUGGGUAAAGACGGACCAAAAGGUUUUAGAGAUCAGAGAUCUUAUGUACAGGCGGUGGCAGGAGAAAGGGCCAAAGGAUUAGGGGGCAUAUACUUAAAAGCAGAGGAAUUUGGAAAUGGUUGGUUGCUUGAAAGUGUAGUCAUCAGAUUGAAGGCUCAAUAUGCUGAUGUCAAUCUCAAAAAGGAGUUGGAAGGUAUCGGAAUUGAGGAUAUUAUGGUUCGGGAAAGUGGGGGCAGAGACGUGGUUAUCACAUUCCGAUCAAAGGAGGAGAGGACAUUGAAACUACCACCUAUGAAGGAGCUGAUUCUGGAGUGGUGUGAAGAUAUUGUCGAUGGAGAAUCAGGGUAG